AUGGGGAGCCGCAGCCUCCUCGCCACCAUCCUCGCCGCCGCCCUCGCCUCCCUCCCGCCGCUCCUCGCCGCCCCCUCGGGCCACCGCAAGCUCCUGGUGUUCCUGCUGGAUGGCUUUCGCUUCGACUACAUCGAUGACAGCGAGCUGGAGGGUCUGCCGGGCUUUCGGGACAUUGUGAAUAUGGGGGUGAAGGUGGAUUACAUGACCCCAGACUUCCCUAGUCUCUCCUACCCAAAUUACUACACGUUGAUGACGGGUCGCCACUGUGAGGUCCAUCAGAUGAUUGGAAACUACAUGUGGGACCAAAAGGCAAAUGUAUCUUUUGAUAUUGGUGUGAAUAAAGAAAGCCUACUGCCUCUCUGGUGGAAUGGAUCGGAGCCUUUGUGGGUCACAAUGAUGAAAGAAAAAAAGAAUGUUUCCAUGUACUACUGGCCAGGUUGCGAGGUCGAAAUCCUUGGAGUCAGACCAAGUUAUUGCCGUGAGUACUUCAGCGUCCCAACAGACAAAAACUUUGCGGAUGCCAUCAGCGAUGCUCUCGAAUCUUUGCGCAAUGGCAGUGCCGAAAUGGCCGCGGUGUACUACGAGCGCAUUGACGUGGAAGGCCACCACUACGGCCCUUCAUCCCAGCAGCGGAAGAAUGCUUUGAAGGAGGUGGACAAAGCCUUGACCAACAUGAUCGCGCUUAUCAAGAGCAAGGGUCUUCAGCAUGACAUCAACGUGCUCCUCUUCUCCGAUCAUGGGAUGACAGACAUCUCUUGGGCAGACAAAGUGAUUGAGCUGAAAAACUAUAUCAAUAUGAGUGAUACCAUACAAAUGAAGGACCGAGGUCCUGUUGUGAGCCUCUGGCCAGCUCCAGAGAAGCAUGCGGAGAUAUAUCAAAAAUUGAAAGCUGUGGAACACAUGCACGUUUAUAACAUACAGGAUAUUCCAGACAGGUUUUUCUACAAAAAAGGAAAAUUUGUAGCUCCUCUAACUCUCGUGGCUGAGAAAGGAUGGUUCAUAGUAGAGAGCAGGGACAAGCUGCCCUUCUGGGAGAACGGGACGAGGAGGAAGGAGGCCUGGCAGAACGGCUGGCACGGCUACGACAACGAGCUCAUGGACAUGAGAGCCUUCUUUGUCGCGUACGGGCCAGAUUUCCGAUCCAACUUCCGAGCGCCUCCCAUCAGAUCCGUGGAUGUUUACAACAUCAUGUGCAGCCUGGCAGGAAUACAGCCGCUGCCCAACAAUGGCUCCUGGUCCAGGGUGGAGUGCAUGCUCCGAAACACGGCCCCCUUGGCACCGCUCCCCCUGCGCGGCAGCUGUGCCCUGGCGCUAGCUCUGCUCUCCCUGUUUGCCCAGCAGAUCUCCUUACUGUGA